AUGCUUUUGGCUGUUGAAAUAAGACGAACUGAUGAACAUGGUCAUAUGCGAUUGAUUGUCGAUGUUGUACCAUGUGAUAAUUGUGUUAUUGUUCGUGGAUGUCGGGCAUUUGUCGUAGGCAUUUGUCGUGAAGAUACUAGCCGAGUGAAAUACUACUGUUCAACUUGCUAUCCAGUACUCGACAAGUUGACAGAAUCACAAUUGAAACACAUGCGAAGAUGUGCGCAUCGUAAGUCGACAUCAGUGACUCUUCUUAUUCAUGCAUCCCAUGAUGUACCUAGUAGUGGAAACUCAUGGUAUACAUGA